AUGAGUCCUGUCGACGAAACAUACACGUUUUUCCAAAUACUCAAAGGAAGUGCGCUCUUCCUGUUGGUAAUAUGGACCAUCUUUGCCAACUCUUUGGUUUUCAUCGUUCUUUACAAGAACCCCAGGCUGCAAACUGUACCCAACCUUUUGGUUGGAAACUUGGCAUUUUCUGAUCUGGCACUGGGAUUAAUAGUUUUGCCCUUAUCUUCGGUAUAUGCAAUAGCCGGUGAAUGGGUGUUUCCCGAUGCGUUGUGUGAAGUUUUUGUCUCAGCUGACAUUCUCUGCUCAACCGCUUCCAUCUGGAACUUGUCUAUUGUCGGUCUGGACAGAUAUUGGGCUAUCACUCCAGUGGCCUACAUGAGUAAAAGAAACAAGAGGACUGCGGGUAUUAUGAUUUUAUCGGUUUGGAUUUCCAGUGCAUUGAUUUCCUUGGCACCGCUUUUGGGAUGGAAACAGACUGCUCAAACUCCAAAUCUAAUCUAUGAGAAAAAUAAUACAGUUCGACAGUGUACAUUUUUGGAUCUCCCAAGUUAUACAGUCUACUCGGCCACUGGCUCUUUUUUCAUCCCCACGCUUUUAAUGUUCUUUGUCUACUUCAAAAUCUAUCAAGCUUUUGCAAAACAUCGUGCUCGUCAGAUCUAUCGACAAAAGGUAUGUUAUUUCAGGGUUAUUCGAAAGCAUAUUGAGUCAACUAUUCUUCAUGAGAUUAGUCAUGUUCUGCCAACGUCAGAUGAAUUUGCCAAGGAGGAAGAGGAGGAAGAAGAUAGUGAGAGCAGUGGUCAAGUCGAAAACGGAUUGGGGAAUGGGAACGACGCGAUCAUCGAAGAAGAUGAAUGCGAGGAUGAGGAGUCUGAUGAGAAGCGAGAUGAUCACACAUCUAUGACAACUGUAACCGCCACAGUGACGGGUCCCACUGAAGCUCCAUACAUGAAACGAGAGGCAAAAAUUUCCAAAUCUGUGCCAAUUGAAAAAGAGUCUGCAAUUCUAAAACGAGAAGCGAAACCGAUGAGAAGUGUGAUGGCAAUCAGUUAUGAAAAAGUGAAGCGCCAUAAGAACAGGAAAGAGCGUAUCUAUCGUAAAAGUCUUCAACGAAAACCAAAAGCUAUUUCUGCUGCAAAAGAGCGACGAGGUGUUAAAGUGCUUGGUAUCAUUCUAGGAUGUUUCACAGUAUGUUGGGCACCAUUUUUCACAAUGUACGUUCUUGUGCAGUUUUGCAAAGGAUGCAGUCCAAACGCACACAUCGAGAUGUUCAUCACAUGGCUUGGCUACAGUAACUCUGCCAUGAACCCUAUUAUUUAUACGGUUUUCAACAGAGACUAUCAGAUUGCUCUAAAACGGCUCUUCACGUCGGAUAAAAAACCAAGCUCAUCCUCUCGUGUUUAA